AUGACCGUCAUGAACAACGGAAUCGCCUCUUCCCGCCGGAAGUCGCGCAAGGCGCACUUCAGCGCUCCCUCCAGCGAGCGCCGUGUUAUCAUGAGCGCUCCUCUGAGCAAGGAACUCCGUGAGAAGUACAACGUUCGCGCCAUCCCCAUCCGCAAGGACGACGAGGUCACCGUUGUGCGCGGCUCCAACAAGGGACGCGAGGGAAAGAUCACCACCGUCUACCGUCUCAAGUGGUGCGUUCACGUCGAGCGUGUCGCCCGUGAGAAGUCCAACGGCCAGAGCGUCCCUAUCCCCAUCCACCCCUCGAAGGUCGUUAUCACCAAGCUUAAGCUGGACAAGGACCGCGAACAGAUUCUGGAGCGCAUCGGAAAGGGCCGUGAGGCUGCUAAGGCUCGUGCUUAA